AGCCCCGCCCCCCAGUGGCGGAGACGUUGUGCGUCACUUCCGUCCAGGCCGGAACUCAAGAUGGCUGCGCUCCUGUUGAGACAGGUUGGCCGUCAUUGCCUCCGUGCCCACCUUAGUCCUCAGCUCUGUAUCAGAAAUGCUGUUCCUUUGGGAACCACAGCCAAAGAAGAGAUGGAGAGGUUCUGGAAUAAGAACGCUGGUUUGAACCGUCCUCUGUCUCCUCAUAUCACUAUCUACAGUUGGUCGCUUCCCAUGGCGAUGUCCAUUUGCCACCGCGGUACUGGUAUGGCCUUGAGUGCAGGGGUCUCUCUGUUUGGUUUGUCGGCCCUCUUGGUCCCUGGGAACUUUGAGUCUCAUCUGGAACUUGUCAAGUCCCUGUGUCUGGGGCCAUCGCUGAUCUACACAGCCAAGUUCGCUCUUGUCUUCCCUCUCAUGUAUCACACCUGGAAUGGGAUCCGACACUUGAUGUGGGACCUCGGGAAAGGUCUGAAGAUCCCCCAGCUGUACCAGUCUGGAGUGGCUGUCUUGGUUCUUACUGUGUUGUCCUCUGUAGGGCUGGCAGCCAUGUGAAGAGUGAAGUUCCCAGCAUUGUCUUCCCAUAAAUGAUUCACUGACCCGUCUUCCUGUUGGUGACUCUUCUCCAGCCGAGGCGCAGUUCUUCUGAUUUCCUCAGACCCUUUGUGCUCGCACAUCCCCUUGGAGCUCAGUAGCAGUAGAUACCUCAUAGAGCCAUGGCAGUGGGGAAGGGCCCAGUUUCCCCUCGUUUCUAAAGAUGGAAUGACUCAAAAAUUCCCUUUUCCUGCCCCCAGCCUACAGCCUACUCCGGGCCUGGGAGCCCUCAUUCUCUGUCCAUAUUGGGCCUUGAUUUGUGCUGACGGUCAGCUUUUGGCUCCUUCUUCCUGAGACAGUGGAAACAAUGCCAGCUCUGUGGCCUCUGCCACGGGGACCGGGAGUGGGGCUGUGGGCGCCACCGCCUGUGGGUUGCUAGCUUAAAGGACAGUUCUGUUCACUGGUCAGAGCCCAGGGUCUUCAGCGCCCACACAGCAUGACCGAAAGCAGAGGGGUGGGGGUGGGGGGGAAUUAGCCUGUCCCAGCCAGAGGGAGAUAAAGAGUCAGUUGACUCUUGAAGCAGGUGCUCUGGGGGGGAGAUACACAGCUCUUGAUGCAAAAGGAAGACCCAGAAAGUUAUCGCUGAACCUGUGAAGGAUUAUUUUUCCCCCCCUGCAUUUCUGGAAAAAUGAGCCUCUUUGCUGAUCCAAGUUCGUAGGGCAUCUUUUUCUGAAACUGAAUUAAAAAAAUGGUUUUGUCUUUGA